AUGUGUACAAUGAACAGCACUGCCUGGCCCUUGGACCUGGCAGACAUUGCAAGACACCAGCCCUACAAUGGCACUCUGACACAUGCAUCCUCCAACAGCUGGGCUUUGAUCCACACAGCCACACUGGCCUCCUGCUCUUUACUUCUCAUCCUCAUCUUCUGUCUGGGCUCCUAUGGCAACCUAGUGGUUUUCCUCUCCUUCUUCGACCCCGCGUUCAGGAAGUUCCGCACCAACUUUGACUUCAUGAUCCUCAACCUGUCCUUCUGUGACUUGUUCAUUUGCUGUGUAACUGCACCCAUGUUUGCACUAGUGCUCUUUCUUGAUGCUGGCGAGGGCGGGGGAGGCGUAUCUAAGGGCUUUUGCUUUGCUUUCCACCUCACCAGCUCAGGCUUCAUCAUCAUGUCCCUGGAGACUGUGGCGGUGAUCGCCCUCCAUCGCCUUCGCAUGGUUCUGGGACAGCAGCCUAAUCGCACAGCCUCUUUUCCAUGCACCCUCGCCCUCACAGCUCUGCUGUGGAGUUCCAGUUUCACUCUGGCAGCUCUGAUCACCAUGCGAGCCUAUCCCAGAACCUCUGGACCCUGCCUGCCCCAUUUUGGCCUUACGGGCAACACGGCCAAGGUGGUCUUAUAUGUGUACCUAGCAGAUUUUGCCUUUUGUGUAGCUGUGGUGUCUGUCUCCUAUGUAAUGAUUGCACAGGCCCUGAGGAAGAAUGCACAGGUAAGGAAGUGUCCUAUCAUCACUGUGGAUGCCACUCGUCCACCACCCCCUCCACCUCCCUUCAUCGCUGCUGGCUUUGAGGGCAUGCAGUGUGCAGUCCCAGUGCCCUCUCUUUACCGGAACCAGACCUACAACAAGCUUCAGCAUGUGCAGACUCAUCCUUUCACCAAAAGGAACAGCCAAGGUCUGGUGCCAGGAGCUGCAGCAGGAGCAACGUGCUGCCAGUUGGUCUCCACAGUUAACCUGGCCACUGCGAAGGAUUCUAAGGCAGUGGUGACAUGUGUGGUCAUCGUAUUUUCUGUCCUACUGUGCUGCUUACCCAUGGGUGUAUCUCUGGCACAGGAUGUUUUGUCCCCGGAGAGCAGUUUUGUCCACUACCAAUUUGAGCUGUGUGGCUUCGCGCUCAUCUUCCUCAAGUCCGGCAUCAACCCGUUUGUCUACUCGCGUAACAGUGCGGGCCUGCGGCGUCGUGUCCUCUGCUGCCUCCAGUGGGUGGCACUAGGCUUCCUCUGCUGCAAGCACAAGACUCGACUGCAUGCCAUGGGCAAAGGGAGCCUGGAGGUCAACCGAAACAAGUCCUCCCAUCACGAGACUAACUCAGCCUAUGUACUUUCACCCAAGCCCCAGCGAAGGUUGGUGGACCAAGCGUGCGGGCCCAGCCAUUCCCGCGACAGCUUCCCGAGUCCCAGGGUCACUGGUGGGCGUAAACCCCGACCCCCCAGCACCUCGACGCCGAUCAACACCCGGAUCGAGCCUUAUUACAGCAUCUACAACAGCAGCCCCUCGGCUGGUCCUAGCUCCCCCAACAGCCUCCAGCCAGUCAACUCCCAGACCACAGGGUUUGCCAAAAGCUAUGUGGCCAUGCACUACCACACUCACCAAGAAGCUCUGCAAGACUUUGACAGUACCUCUGCCCAUCAGAUUCCUAUUCCCUCCGUCUGA